CGACAAGGCUGGCGCAUGCGCAGACCGUUUACUACGCCGAGACAGAAAGUGAGACAUUAAGCGUGCUUAGCAGUGGCGCAUUGUUUAAUGAGUAACACUUGGGGCGCGUUCAAUUCGCUUGAUUGACCUUUAUCAAGAUGUUUGGUUUCCAUAAGCCAAAGAUGUACCGCAGUCUGAAUGGGUGCUGCAUCUGCAGGGCGAAAUCCUCCAGCUCUCGCUUCACAGACAGCAAACGCUACGAGAGAGACUUCCAGAGCUGCUUUGGCCUCUGCGAAACGCGCUCUGGAGAAAUUUGUAACGCUUGCGUGCUGCUGGUGAAACGCUGGAAGAAGCUGCCGGUUGGAUCCAAAAAGAAUUGGAAUCAUGUGGUGGAUGCUCGAGGUGGACCCAGCCUGAAGAUGACUGUGAAGUCUAAGAAGGUGAAGCCUCUUUCUAGAAGAAUCAGGCCAAGUCAGAUCUGCAGAGUGCAGAAUGAACUGAAAAGAAACAACUCCGACGCUCACAGCACCACCUCCAGUGCUAGCCCCGCCCAGUCUCCCAGCUACAGCAACCAAUCAGAUGAGGGCUCUGACUCGGAGCUGGCUCCCGGCUCCGCCCGCUCCCCGGUCUUCUCCUUCUUGGACCUUACCUACUGGAGAAGGCAGCGGGUGUGCUGCGGCAUCAUCUACAAAGGCCGCUUUGGAGAAGUGCUGAUCGACCCUCAUCUCUACAAACCCUGCUGCCAGAAGAAACAGGAGCAGGGCCGUGAGGAAGAGGAUGACGAGCAGGAGGAAGAGGACACGGAGCUGGAGAAAGAAGAAGCACAGGCCAGUCAGAGCAUGCCAGCUUCUCCACUCGCACCAGCCGACUCUCCGCCGCUGCCUCUCAAAACGGAGGCAGAGGAGGAGGAAGAUUGGUGACUCCAUUCCUGGUGAACAUUUUCUGGUGGGCAUUUUUACGGUCAUGUAGUGAAAACAUUCUCGAUUUUGUACAAUUCAAGAGCAGCUGGAACUUUUUUUCUGAGGUAGGAUGAACAAGUGUACUGUGUGUGCACACUCGGGUCUUUAUUGUUCAACACUCACGUAUUUUCCUCAUCACCCUUAGUACAUGGAUUAUAGUGUGUGUGUGGGGAUAUUUAUGAGCUCCCAGGCAAUAUGCUGGUUUUCUGUAGAGAUUCAGUCAGUGUAGGAAAGUUUUUUUUUUUUUUUUUUUAAAUUACUGCCUUUAUCACUGACACGACUGAGCCGUGAUGCAACGACACCUUUGACAUCACAACAGGUUUCUUUUCCUAUUCAUCUUUUCUUUUCCAUUAUAACUCCCGCUGCAUUUGAAUCCAGGUCAGGACUCGGAACCUCGGGAUGAUUUUGCUUAACCCCUGGUUCAGGGAGUGACCUCAAAUCCACAUGGCUGCUCACAGCAUCAGCAAGUAAACACAGCAGCACUUAUUACCUUUUAACGGGUUACACUGCAAAAACAUGAGCACCAGGUUUAUAUCAUUAGCAUACCGCCAUGUGUCUAUAGCACUGACUCUACAGCAGGGGUCUCCAACACAUAGCUUACCUAAAAGUUCAUAGAAUAUGUGUAGAAUUUAUAAAAAUCAAAUUAACUGAAACAAACCCCUGCACUGUACAGAAAUCUGACUCCCUGGACAACUCAAACUCCUCACACAAUUUAAUUCAGCCAUCCGUCAAUCGAUUUUACACACAGCUAGCAAGAAUACAGUACAUAGACACGUUAUAUAAACUUUAAUUUGGGUAAAGAAUAAAGAAAACAUGGCAGAUCCUUUUAACUUGGAAACUGCUGGGGAUUUGAAAGCAUUAGGAAUAAAGCUAUGAUGCUGCCAAAGUAAAACAGCUGAAUGACUCCAUCCUGCUGCAGGACGAGUGUGCUGCAGACAUUUCUCAUUGGUGCAGCUGGUGUUUUCUUUAUUCUAUAUAAAUGCCAUAAAAAUACUAUUAUUUAAUCACAAAGUCCAAUACAAUUAAAAAAUGUGUAAUUUUUUUACAAGCCUUUUUCAGACAUCAGGGUAUGUGCCAGGAGACUGUCAGUAACAAUGUGCUGAUAAGAGUCCAUGUGAAUGAAGGAAAUCUGACACACAAAAAUAGUUUAUUCCGCUGGAUUGGUUUAUGGCAAUAAGUUAUGUAAAUAAAGGUUACUAAUAAUAUAACACGAGUAGCUCUUGGCCACCUUCAUUUUGUCUUUUUGUAGCUCUCCAAGGAAAAAAGGUUGGAGACCCCUGCUCUAUAGUUUACUGUAAUGAAGUCAAAUGCAGCAUCCGUCUAGUCACUGAUUCCAGCAGAUGCUCCCUCUCUGUCUUUGUCUCUCUCCUGUCUCUCUCUUUCUUGCUUUGUGUCUCUCAUCCCCCCCCCCUUUCUCUGUUGUCCUAGGUCAGUGUUUCACCACACACUGUUAUUGCUCUCUCAGCAUUGCAGUGGUGCUGAGACGAGCUGAGCAGUAGCCCGGCCGGUCAGUUGUCCAUCUCUCCACAUGUAAAUAUUUCAAGUUUCACUUUUUCUGCAAUAUUUACGUCGUCAUGCAUGAAAGCUAAGCAAAGCCGUUUGUCCCGAAGGCGAAUCCGCAUGAAUCUUUUGCACGGCCUUUUCAAGACCUUUUCCUUUUUUUGGGUUUGUUUUAGGUUUUGAUACAACUCUAAUAAAUGAAUAAAUAAAUAUAUAUACAUACAUACAUAUAUUUUUGUAGGUAAAAAAAGAAGAAGAAAAUAAUCACUGCAGUGGCAAUGUCAUGUUCUAAGAUAUCAAUUUUUUUUAUUGUGGAACAUGACAUUAGCAGUUUAGCCAAAAAAAAGUUCCAAUUAUGAAUUUGUUACACACUUAAGUCUUAUUUAUUUACUUUACUGACACUCUUUCACAAACAGUACCUCCUGUCUUCAGUCUGCUUUUGUAAAUAAUGUACUGAAAAAAACGGUUAUAUACAUUCACUUUGUUUUGUAAGGACUGAAUCUUUUGUGAGUUAUUUUGUCAGAUGUUUUUGUUCUCUUAGUUAGUUUAAUCAAGUGCAUUGUUUUUGAUUUAUCUUUAGGGCUUUUUCACAUGCAAAAUAUUCCCCCUGUGUGACUGUAAACCUUGUAAAGAGUCCUGGGUUCUCUUGUUUAACGUGUCACACUGCUCCAACUUUACCUGGGGUUAAGAAUGAAUCUGGAUCUUUAUAAUCAGAUGUUUCUCACUGUAGGUUCCUAAACCCUGGAUGAACUUUCUUCUGAUUUACAUAUUCACCUAAUCAACAACCGUGAUUUAGAUAAAUACAUCAUGUGACCGCUUUAAAAUAAUGGUUUGUCUCACACUUUUGCUUCAGUGAUGGAUAAAAAAUGUCACGUAAAUCUUUUUUUUUUCCUUUUUAAUUUUGUCGUGUAGUUGACCAUGCGUUCAUUGAUAUCCAGCUUUUGCUCAUUUUUCAGUCAGUUCCUUAAACAUUUAUCUUAUUAUAUUUACAUUUGUGGUAUUUGGCAGACAUCCUUAUCCAGAGUGACUUAUAGUUCAUCUCAUUUUAUACAACCUAGCAAUCGAGGGUUAAGGGCCUUGCUCAGGGGCCCAGCAGUGGCAGCUUGUUGGACCUGGGCUUCGAACACGCACCUUCUGUUCAGUAGUCCAACACCUUAACCAAUAAGCUACAACAUCUACCUUAUAUCUUAUUUCUGACUGUAAUCCAAACUUAUCCUGUCCAAACGUUUCUGACGUAACUGUUAAAAUAGUCUCCUCUUCAUUCCAAAUCCAGUAAAGCGCUAUAACAUUUCCACAUCAUGCCGGGUUUCUGUGGCUGUAUGAAGCAGGUGGUUUGAGGCAGAAACACUGUUCAGUUUCUGCUGAAUCAUAACAUUAACACCACAUCGUUUCACACUGUACAAGUUCAUCACCGGAAUCUGGAGUUAACACUGAGCUGAGGUACAUAACCCCGGGUAAACAGCUGCACUAAUCCCGCUUCAGUACAAGUGUGAAACCUUCCUCUACACGGGAUUAAAAAGAGUGACCAGAUCCCCAGGGUUAAGCUCAGUGUGAAAAGCCCUAAAGUGUAUCAAAAAUACUGGUCAUUUUACUAUUUUACUCCAUAACAUCGAUUUUCUUCUGCAUUGGUUUGUAAUCCUGUUUUUCUUUUUGUUUAGUUUAACACACAAACCCCCAUGUAUUUUACAAGAAAUGACUUGUUCCUGCUUCCUUUACAGAAGAUGGCACUAAAGAGCAGAUGAUCAUUAAUCCACCAUAAGCAAUAAACUAAAAUAUUUUAUAGGUACAUCUUGAGGGAACUUUUCGUUUUCUUUCUUGUUCUCCCCCCCCCCCCC